AAUCGGGAAAUUCCAAUCAAGUAGCAGUCGCGCCGUCAUUUAUCUGUCAUAAGAUACAGCCUUUUGGCUUAACAAAUUUUUGUGACAAAAUUUCAUGGUUGAAAGAAUUUGAGUUUCCCGAAGAAAUUCCAAGUAUGGAAUGAAUGGCAUGGUCCCCUUGAUGGAUAAAAAGAAAUUAAAUUUUUGUACCUGCGAUAAAGUGUUAGUUAUCUUAUGGCUUCUCGACUCAGUCCAAGAAAUUCUGAAGUAAAUGCUUUGGAACAACGUGGAUAUCUGAUCGGUAAAAAAAUCGGGCAAGGUUCGUACGCCACCGUACACUUGGCCGAGUACGUGGACGGCUCAGGUCCGAAACGGAUGCGACUCGCUUGCAAGAUCUUCGACAAAGAGAAGGCCCCCAAAGACUUCCUCGAGAAGUUCUUCCCCCGCGAACUGGAGAUCCUGACGAAAAUCGAAAACCCGCACAUCGUGCAGGUGCACAGCAUCUUACAGAGAGGCAGCAGAGUGUUCAUCUUCAUGAGGUAUGCCGACAACGGCGACCUCCUCGACUUCAUCAAGAAGAACAGCAUCAUCCCCGAGCCGCAGGCCAAGAUAUGGUUCCGCCAGAUGGCCAGCGGCCUGCAGUACCUCCACAGCAAAAACAUAGCCCACCGGGACCUCAAGUGCGAGAACAUCCUCCUCUCGCGUAGGUUCAACGUGAAGAUCGCCGACUUCGGCUUCGCCCGGUUCUGCGUCGACUCGGAGAACCGCCGUAUCCUCAGUCAGACCUACUGCGGCUCGGCGGCGUACGCCGCCCCCGAGGUGGUCAACGGCACGCCGUACAACCCCAAGCUGUCGGACGUGUGGUCCCUGGGGAUCAUCCUGUUCAUAAUGCUGAACGCGUCGAUGCCUUUCGACGACACCAACCUGAGGAAGCUGCUCAAGGACCAGAUGACCAAGAACUGGGUGUUCCGGUCGAGGGUGCGCGACACGCUUUCGUCGACCGUCAAAUCCUUAGUGCGACAUUUGCUGGAACCCGACUUGACGCUGCGGUUGACGCUGGAUAGAGUGAUGGCCCACGAGUGGCUCAAGAUCAAGAAAGAUAGAGUAUCGCCGCUGAUCGGGCGACUGAUUCACUCGGCGCCGCAGACGCAGGCGCCGGGGCAGACGGCGGAGACCGACGGCGGUCACGACGAAAACGAAACGGUAGCGGGUGAUUUUCAAAAUCCUGAGAGUAAGAAAAGCAAGAUGAUGAUUAACGUGCCAGAUUCCCAGCUCAGAUACUGACUUUUGGUCUUUAUUUCGGAAAUUUUGAUGGGAUGGGAGGGCUGAUUUGAUUACAGAAAUAAAUCAUAUUACGUACGA